AUGCCACCAACUCGCACCCAAAAAUCAACUGCUGAUACUCGUAUUUCUCAUUUUAGAUCUUUUACAAAUUUUGAUAAAAUGAUAAAUGACAAGACUGUUCGAUGUAAAUGUGGAGUUGAAAUUCGAUUAGACCGUCCCUUUAGAACAAUAAAUUUUGAAAGACAUAUUAAAAGCCAAAAUUGCAUUCUUGGUACUGAACAACAGCCAAGUUUAUUUGUCUUUUUUGAUCAAAGCCAAGUUAUGGACGAAGAAUGUGAAGUUGAAUUAGAUGAACCUUUACCUUAUAAUGUAAAUGUUACUUUGGAAAUAGUAGUUGAUGAUGAUGAAAAUGAUGAAAAUAAUAAAAUUCAAAAUUUAUUAGAACAAGAUAAAUUACAAAUAGAAGCUGACAAUAUUGGAACUGCUGCAUUUGAAAUUUCUCGACUCUUAUUGGAUGAAUCUGAUGAUGAUAAAACCAAUUCCUCAAAAACAAUUUGA